CGGCGGCCUCCGCUCUCGGCGCAUGCGCGUCAGGGCUUGCAGCAUUGGACGCUGUCGAGUUGUGUGGUUUUGGCGACCGGUGGCAAUGGAGCCAUUGAAGCCGGCGGGGUCUCUUCCUCUUCUUCCUAGCGCUUGAGUCGGUGCCUCUCACCGGGCAGCCAUGGGGCUGAGCUCCAGCUCCGAGGUUCCCGAUGGGGGCUCCGAGGGCUACCAUGUGCACGGGAUUCAAGAAAAUUCCCCUGCUCAGCAGGCUGGAUUGGAGCCAUUCUUUGAUUUCAUACUUACCAUAGGACAUACCAGACUGAAUAAAGAAGGCGAUACUCUGAAAGAUCUACUAAAAGCCAACGUCGAGAAAGCUGUGAAACUGGAAGUCUACAACAUAAAAACGAUGAAAGUGCGCGAAGUGGAGGUCAUCCCUAGCAAUAUGUGGGGAGGGCAGGGACUGCUAGGGUCCAGUGUGCGAUUCUGCAGUUUCCAAGGCGCCAAUGAACAAGUCUGGCACGUGCUGGAUGUGGAGCCAGCUUCUCCAGCAGCCUUAGCUGGCCUGAAACCCCAUUCUGACUAUAUAAUUGGAUCGGAUCAGAUACUUCAUGAGUCUGAGGAUUUCUUCUCCUUGAUUGAUUCCCAUGAGGGGAAGCCUCUGAAGCUAGUGGUCUAUAACACAGAAACGGAUUCCUGCCGAGAGGUUUUUGUAACCCCCAACGGAGCCUGGGGUGGAGAAGGAAGCUUAGGAUGUGGCAUUGGAUACGGCUACCUGCACCGAAUUCCCACACAGGCUGGUACCCCAAAGAGAGCAGCAGAGAUCUCUUCGUCUUCGCCCUCCAGAGACGCACCGCCAGAAUCCCCAGCUAAUGGCUACAUGGAGGCUUCCUUGAUGGCACCUCACCCCAAACCUGAAGAAACCGAGAGCUUGGGUUACAUCUCCAGUCAAAGUGUGACUCCCUAUUCAUUAGAAAAUUCUCUGCACCUUCCUCCUCCUCCUCCUCCUGUCCAGAGAGUCAUGGAUCCAGAUUUUAUAGAUAUGUCUGGAGCUCCUUUUCCUGAAUUAAUUGAUUUAGUAAAAACAGCCCAAGUGCCUUCCUCUCCUUCUUUCACCUUAUCAGAUGUUUUGGAAGCUUCUGGCAGCUUAUCCACAUAUAGUGAAACUCCUUCAUAUUUUGAUCAGGCCUCUCUUCCAUUCUCAGAAGAAUCGAUAUGUCUUCAAGCAGACGAGAGCCGUCAUCCCGAAUUCCUGGAGGGAAGGCCUCCCGUGUCUCCUCCGCCAGCCCUCCCUAUGGACGUGACUCCGGAGGCACCAUCUGGACUGGAUGCUGACGCUCAGGGAACUGUCCAACCCCUAAGUGGGGUUGAGACCCCCAUGCCACCCAAAACAGACAGCAGCAGUGACAAAAGUGCCCAGGAAUUGAUGGAUGAAACCAAAGAGGCCUAGCUUUUCAGAGGACAUGUUUCACCUUUGGGCUUUAAAGCGGCUAUUGGCACCCGAAAGCCCUAGUUUUUAAUGUGCUGCGGAAACAUUUGAUUGGUUUCUGAAUCGCGGUAGAAUUCAGCUUCCUUCAAUCACACUAUGGACUCUGGGGCCUGUAUACCCAUGUUAGUUCUGCUUAGUGGUAACACUAAUGAUCGGAGUUCAGAAACAGAAUCCUUUUUUUUUUUUUUAAAGAGCUCUCUAGUUGCUGAUACAUUUGAAAAAAGGAAGGGCUCUGUGAACAAUAUCAGCUGCGCAUUACCAGAGGGGGAAUGUAGGAAUUUGUGGGGGACUUUUGACUUUUUUUUUUUUUGAAUUUUUUAAAAGAGGUGCCUUAAGCCUCUCUGGCUUAGUGUACCUGUUUUGCUCUAUAUUUGCUUCCCAAAUCCCCCCCUCCCCCAAGAAAACUUGUACUUCAGCUCCCAGAAUUCCUGAGCCAUCUGGCUCAGCAAUUUUGGGAGUUGAAGUCCACAUGUUGUAAAGUUGCCAUUAGUUGUCCACUCCUGCCUUACGGUAAGGCUUUUAGCCAAGUGCAGCUGAUAAGGAAUGCAGGGAAACUCCUUAUAGUAGGUGUGGCUUUCCAGCUCCUGGAAACCGUGAGCCAGUUGGCUCAGGAAUUCUGGGAGUUGCACAUGCUGUAUGAUUGCCAUAGUCAAUCAUCCCUCCCUUAAGGUAAGGCUUUUAGGCUUAGGGGAGGUUUUUUCUUUCUUUCUUUCUUUCUUUUUUGCAAAUUUAAUUGUUUCUGUUACCUGUGUCCUAUCCCAUUGACUUGAGAUUAUUUUAUUUGAAAAGUCAUAACUUAGAAUUUUAAUAGGAAGAAUACGAUCUUUUACUCUUAAAAUCACACCUCACCCUUAAUAAAAAUCAACCCACUUAACCUUCUUUGACCCAUUUGAGCCUCUGCCUUGCACCCAAGGCUUUCUGAAAUGUGUGAGCAGAAUGAAGACCCCAAUGCAAGACUCCCAAAGAAGUCGUCAUCUUUCCAUGAACCCAGCAGAUUCCACGAAUGGGAUGGUUUGGGUUUCAGGAAGAGAUGUUUCCGCACGUAAAAGAAUGCAAUCUCAUUAUGUAGGUACAUUGGACUUGGAAUUUCCCCUAGCCUCCGUUUUAUGUUUCGCCCCAGAAAGCUAUAAUCAUUAUUUGCUGCUGCAGAAAGUUUAUAUGCAACCCCAUGAAAACUCUUUUGGAAUGGUAGCUGAAGAAUCAAAGGACACUAUGUAGGGUUUUUAAUUUCUGUUUUAAAUUAUGAGUUGUUGCUUCACGCUGUGCCAGAGGCUUGGUCUAUUACUGUCAAGCUACCGUAUGUCUUGGUGAGAGGUGUUAGUCCAAUGGCACUAAAUCAAUAAUACAUAAUUUGAGGUGCAUGCUAUACCAGGCCAUCUUGCAAUCAGUGGUGCUUAAAAGUGGAAGCAUUAUUUUCUGCUAAUGUGGAAAGUGAGCAAGAUUGCUUCUAAUAUGAAUAAUGGAGCAAAUUGGUAACACUAAAUCAAGUGUUUCUCAACCUCAGGCACUUUUAAGAAGCAUGGACUUCUAAUUCCCAGAAUUCCGUAGCCAGCAUAGACCGGGUGGAGUAUUCUGGGAGUUGGAAGUCUCGUAUCUUAAAAGUGGUUGAGGUUGAGAAUCAUUGACCUACACGCAGGAAUGGGCUUUCAAGGAUCAUUUUCUUUUGGUUCUGAAAUUGAUUUAGUUAUUUUUAAAGAUUGCAAAAGUUUCCCAUCUUUAAGAGAGAUUUAUUCUAACCUGAAGCCAUUUUAUUGUUGUUCUUUUAACUUGGUACACUGUCAGCUACUAAAGUCUUGCAAUGAUUUACAGUGGAAUGUGUAUUGUCUUAUCUUGUGAAAUCAGUCCUAAAUCGGAAGUUCGACAAUAGCAGGCCCAUAUAAAGGCCAACUGAACAAAAUAAAGUACCAUUCGCUUACACCGUGUCCCAGCAGGGACUCUUGACAUUAAAUUCCUACUUCAAAAUCCCAUCAACUGAUUAACACCACAGAUCGCUUGAAAAGAUGAAGGAGCUUUAGGAUAGGCACGUUAGCUGGGGAUUUGGGGGAGUUAAAAAAAUGUCUUAAUCUAUGUGAAGAUUUACGGGAGUUGGUUCUUCAACUCUCCCGGCCUCCUACCAUUUAUGGCUUUUUAAAUAAAGGAGCAAUUAUUGGCCAGAAACCAACUGGCAGCCAUAACAGUGUUCCGUGUGAAUAGGUUGAACGCUGUGAAGUCCAUGCCAGCAAACCAUCUGGACAAUUACAAGCACCCUGCUGUGCUGGCUGAAGGAUUCUGGGAGUUGAAGUCCACAGGACUUAAAAGUCGCCAAGGUUGAGAAACACUGUCCUAUGCCCAGUGAAUACUUUUAGUUAUGCUGAAAGUUGAAAACAUUUUCAUACAGCAGGUCUUACACAGUCUGCUUUUUGAACAGUGAAACCAACUCUUUUAAAAGGAAACACCCACACAGCUUAAAAUUUUAGCUAAAGGUUUUUAUUAUUAUUACUUCUAUACAAUUUUGAAGUACAUAUUUGUUCUUUUGCCAUUGGCAGGCCAUCUGCAAAUCUUUCGGAAAUGGUUCCUUCUGGAUGUAGAAAAUAAAAUUGAAAUCUUGGCUGAUUUUAAAAAUAAAACAGAACAGAGUUAAAAUUACUUUUGGUGGCGAUACGGAGGGUAUAAAAUUUGAAUUACAGAUUUUUAAGGAUUAUACUCCCGGACAAGUUAACAGUUACCUUUAAUCAAUGAAUUAACCUACUUCACUCAACUGCAAUGUUGCACAGAUAUGGCAAACUACACUUCUGUACAUAAAAGAUGAAAUUUACACAAAGUAAGAGGCUCAAGGUAUGAAAGACCUGUGCAGGCGUCCUUUUGAACCAGAUCUUCAUUUAACAACUUGAGUUAGCUGGAGCACACGUGGCCAACCCAAACAUGUCUUAACUCCAGCGCCACAGUCACACUGACAACCUUGCAAUGUCUGUAAAUAAAUAUGUGGUUACACCACACAAUACAAACGGGGAAAAAAAUACCUGAAAACAGCUGUGAUUUCCCCUGCAAGAGUCAGUAGAAAAAUUAUUCUCUUCUGAAAAACACUCAGAAUAGCUCAAAAGAUAUCCUAGUAUUAGUCAAUAAAACAACAUCCUAUAUCAUUUUUACUGUUUCGUAUAAUUCAUGUCCAGCCCCAACAGGACUUUUAGGUCAAAUGUGCAAUCCUUGCUCCUCUCUACUUACAUGGGAAGUGUACAAGCACCUCUUAGACUGCAAAAACAAAGCCAGAACAAAGUUUUAUUCCUUAUGCACCUACAGUUGGAAUAAAUCUUCACUAAUGGGUGUAGUCUAAAUCCAACACUCAUCAGGAAGCAAAAAAUAAAAAAU